AUGGCCUCCCAGCUUGCCCCUCUUUCUGCAUCUGUGACGCGCAUUCUCAGUCUGACAGGCUUCUCAAAGGAGCUGAAGACGAAGGACAUCCAGGCAGCGUUUUCGGACUGGGAGAGUGCAUCGGGUGGAUUCAGGAUCAAGUGGAUUGACGAUACCAGCCUCAUGAUUGUUUUUAAUGAUGCUGGAGUCGCCAAGCGCGCCUAUCUUCGUGCACUUUGCAUGCCACCGUCCGCCAUCUUUGAGGGCUCCUCUGUGGCGUCCAUUAGGCCCUAUGACGGUCCCGACGCUCAAGUUAUCAUCCAGAAUGUGAAUGCUCGGCACGCGAGCAACGCCUCGCGGAGCCACAACUCACGCGGUUCGGUAUCUGUAUCGAACGGCCACGGACGUAUGGCGAGCACUAGUGUUAGGAACGGUGGACCCAUGAAACUGGCAAAUGGCACUAUUCCGGAGCACCCGAACGUAUCUAUCAACACGAAUGGCAACGGAGUGCUGAGCGGGCGCGAACCCUCGCCGACUCUGCCCUCUGUGCCAUCACAUCCGACUUUGAGCUCGAUGAUAUCCUCUUCCUCUCCUUUUGCCGAGGAUGCAAUCAUGAAUGAUCCCGCUAUACUCGCUGCAGGUGAGCAGAACCCGGGCGCGGCGCCACCUCGCAUUGGGGACCCUGGAAAACGAAUGCUGGGCGCGGCACUUGGAGUACGGCAUCCCGGUCUGGGUCCAAGGACACUCAGCGGCAGCAACUCUGGUGGAAGCGACCAGGGAAUGUUGAAGGACGUGUCCAAGGCGAUGGCUGGCCUGACCGUCGCAGAGUGA